CCAAGCCGGAAGACAAUGGCGGCGGCCGCUCUGAAGAGACUUUGGGCCCGAAGCCGCCGAGAAGAGGCGGGUGACGCGGCGGCAGCCAAGCCGAGCGUGUGGGCGCGGCUGGGCACCUGGGCCCGCACGCUGCUCCAGGACUACGCGGAGGCCUGCAGGGACGCGGCGGCGGCAGCGCGGGCCCGGCCGGGGCGGGCGGCCGUGUACUUGGGGUUGCUGGGCGGGGCGGCGGCCUCCUGCGCGCUGGCGCCGAGCGAGGCGGCCUUCGAGGAGGCGCUGCUCGACGCGUCCGGGACCCUCCUGCUGCUGGCGCCGGCCACGCGCAACCGCGACGCCGAAGCGCACGUGCAGCGGCUGCUCUGGCUGCGGGGUCGCGGCCGCCUGCGCCACCUCCACCUGGUGCUCGGCUCGCUGGUGUACGAGGCGCCCGUCGACGCCCAGGCCAGCCUCUACCAGGCCCGCUGCCGCUACCUGCAGCCCCGCUGGGCCGACUUCCCGGGCCGGAUCCUGGACGUGGGCUUGGGGGGCCGCUGGUGGGUGCUGGAGGCUCGGAUGCGCGACUGCGACGUCAACGACGAGGAGUUCGUCCACCUGCCCGCGCACCUGCGAGUGGUCCAGCCGCAGCAGCUGCGCUCUGAGGCCAACGAGCGGCUCUUUGAUGCGAAGUACCAGCCUGUGGUCCUCACCGAGGAUCAGGUGGACCAGGCGCUGUGGGAGGAGCAGGUGUUGCAGAAGGAAAAGAAGGACAGGCUGGCCCUGAGCCAGGCUGACUCGCUGCUGCAGCCGGAGGGCCCGAGAUGAAGCCCAGCGAGGCCUGGGUCUCCAACCCCAGCAGGCUGUUUGCCUGGGAUUGUGCAGUUGGGGUGAGGGGGCCUCAAGUGCAGAGUGAGUGACUGAAAUAAAUUAGGUGCAGUGUUCUCUCCCUGGGGUUUUAUAAAUCAGGGAGUCUUUUUCCCCUGUCCCUGUGUUCUUGAUUAGCUGAAGCUGUUUCAGAGCUGCCUUAGUCUAGUUGGAGAAAGCAGAGGACGCGAUCAUGUAAUGUUUAUCACUGCCAGAGCUAGUAAUGAGCUUUUUAUGUUCACCUGUUUCAUUGGGACUCAGAGUUCCCCUUAUGUAUCAUGUUUGUUGCCAGGUGCCUCCCGAAGUCUCCUAAGACCGUUCACGCUGCUCUUAAAUUUGAGCUGAAAUGCUUCUCUUCUAUGAUCUAUUCUGUGUUUCCUUUUUGUGAGUAA